AUGUCGCUGCGCAGUUCGACAGCCCACCUCACCCGCCAGCUGGCGACAAAGCGCCCACCGGUGGCACCCUCGGUCAAACAUGGCCUGACAGCACCCUCGGCCCUCCAGAGUGCCUCUAUGGCGACGGCAGCCACGCCUCCUGUGACGCAGGAUUCCACAGGCUCCAAGGGGCCGACCGCAAUGGUCUUUAUGAACAUGGGUGGUCCCUCACACACCUCCGAAGUUGGCGACUUCCUCUCCCGUCUCUUCGCCGACCGCGAUCUCAUCCCCCUUGGCCCAUUACAACCGUACUUGGGGCCCCUCAUCUCUCGCCGCCGCACCCCGAAGAUCCAACAACAGUACUCGGCCAUCGGUGGAGGUUCUCCCAUACGAAAAUGGUCCGAGUACCAAUGUUCCGAAAUGUGCAAGAUCUUGGACAAGUUGUCGCCCGAAACGGCACCGCAUAAACCGUACGUGGCGUUCCGAUAUGCGAAUCCCUUGACGGAGCAUAUGUACGAACAACUUUUGAAAGACGGGUUCGGUGGCGGGAAGGGUGGUCGGGCGGUGGCAUUCACGCAGUAUCCCCAAUACAGCUGUUCCACCACAGGAAGCUCCUUGAACGAGCUGUGGAAAUGGCGGAACCGGCUCGAGGGUAAACGAGCAACGAACGGCGAAGUUGGUCCAGAAGGAGCAAUACAAUGGAGCGUGAUUGAUCGGUGGCCUACGCACCCAGGGCUCGUCGAGGCCUUUGCGCGGAACAUCGAAGCCAAAUUGGCCGAGUAUCCCGAAGAUCGUCGGAAGGACGUGGUGAUUCUGUUUUCCGCCCACAGUUUGCCCAUGAGCGUGGUCAACAGGGGCGACCCUUACCCGGCCGAGGUUGCGGCAACCGUGCACGCUGUCAUGAGCCGACUCGGUCAUGCCCACCCGUAUAGGCUUUGCUGGCAAUCUCAAGUCGGGCCUUCUGCGUGGCUGGGCGCCCAGACCAGCGACACGGUCAAGCAAUAUGUGAAGCGAGGACAAACAGACAUCAUCCUGGUCCCGAUCGCCUUCACGAGCGACCAUAUCGAAACCCUGUACGAGAUUGACAAGGAAGUCAUGCAUGAGGAUGCCCAGGGCCACCCGGGCGUCAAGCGGGCCGAGAGUCUCAAUGACAACCCGGUCUUUAUCCAGGCGUUGGCCGAUAUUGCGCACAAGCAUCUUUUGAGUGGCGAGAACUGUUCGAGGCAGAUGGGGUUGAGAUGUCAAGGGUGCACCAGCGAGAGAUGUCUGGAGCAGAAAAAGUUCUUUGCCGGCCAGCAGGCGAAUAUCCUCCCGACUGUACGAUAA